GCGGCCUUCGGCCUCAUGACCAUCGCCAUCAGCACCGACUACUGGCUGUACACGCGCGCCUUCAUCUGCAACACCACCAACCUCACGGCCGGCGAGGACCCGCCCGCCCACCGCGGGGGCGCCGGGGGCUCCUCGGAGCGCAAGGACCCGGGCGGCCUCACGCACUCGGGCCUCUGGCGCAUCUGCUGCCUGGAAGGGUUGAAAAGAGGCGUCUGCGUGAAGAUCAACCAUUUCCCGGAGGACACGGACUACGACCACGACAGCGCGGAGUACCUGCUCCGGGUCGUCCGGGCCUCCAGCAUCUUCCCCAUCCUCAGCGCCCUCCUGCUGCUGCUGGGGGGCGUGUGCGUGGCGGCCUCCCGCGUCUACAAGUCCAAGCGGAACAUCAUCCUGGGCGCCGGCAUCCUGUUCGUGGCCGCAGGCCUGAGCAACAUCAUCGGCGUGAUCGUGUACAUCUCGGCCAACGCGGGCGAGCCGGGCCCGAAGCGCGACGAGGAGAAGAAGAGCCACUACUCGUACGGCUGGUCCUUCUACUUCGGCGGGCUGUCCUUCAUCCUGGCCGAGGUGAUCGGCGUGCUGGCCGUCAACAUCUACAUCGAGCGCAGCCGCGAGGCGCACUGCCAGUCUCGCUCGGACCUGCUCAAGGCCGGCGGGGGCGCGGGCGGCAGUGGCGGGAGCGGCCCCUCGGCCAUCCUCCGUCUGCCCAGUUACCGCUUCCGCUACCGCCGCCGCUCCCGCUCUAGCUCCCGCUCCAGCGAGCCGUCGCCGUCGCGGGACGCGUCUCCCGGCGGCCCCGGCGGCCCGGGCUUCGCCUCCACGGACAUCUCCAUGUACACGCUCAGCCGCGACCCGUCCAAGGGCAGCGUGGCCGCGGGGCUGGCGGCGGCCGGCGGCGGCGGCGGCGGCGCGGGCGCGUUCGGCGGCGGCGGCGGCGCGGCAGGUGCGGGCGGCGGCGGCGCGGCGGGCGCCGAGCGGGACCGCGCGGGGGCGCCCGGCUUCCUCACGCUGCACAACACCUUCCCCAAGGAGGCGGGCGGCGGCGGCGGCGGCGGCGGCGGGGUCACGGUCACGGUCACCGCGCCGCCCGCCGCGCCCGCCCCCGCGCCGCCCGCGCCCGCCGCGCCCGCCCCCGGGACCCUGGCCAAGGAGGCCGCCGCCUCCAACACCAACACGCUCAACAGGAAAACCACGCCCGUGUAG